CCCGAGGCUCCUCCCACGCUGCACGGCCGGGGAGUCUCUGACCUAGUUCACCUGAGCCCGGCAAGGGACAUGGUGACCCCGGCGCGGGGUACGACCCGGCAAGACCAACGACUUCACGCGAAUCUCAGGGCAGGUCCAGCCCAACGCUCGGAGACUUUCGCGGUCAGAAACAAGGCGGAGGUGCUGUCCUUAGUUUCAGGCCAGUGAAAACCUGUCGGGCCUAGACCGUCAUGGGCGAGGCCACUAGAGAUGAUUAUAAAAUCCAGUCCUUUGAUGCAGAGUCUCAGAAGCUGCUGAAGACCGCGCUCAAAGAUCCCAGUGCUGUGGACUUGGAGAGAGUAGCCAACGUGAUUGUGGACCAUUCUCUGCAGGACUGUGUAUUCAGCAAGGAAGCGGGACGCAUGUGCUAUGCCAUCAUUCAGGCAGAGAGUAAGCAAGCGGGCCAGAGCGUCUUCCGCCGUGGGCUCCUCAACCGGCUGCAGAAGGAGUACGAUGCCCGGGAGCAGCUCCGAGCAUGCUCCCUGCAGGGCUGGGUCUGCUAUGUCACCUUUAUCUGCAACAUCUUUGACUACCUGAGGGUGAACAAUAUGCCCAUGAUGGCCCUGGUUAACCCUGUCUAUGACUGUCUCUUCCAGCUGGCCCAGCCUGAGAGUCUGAGCAGGGAAGAGGAGGUGGACUGCCUGGUGCUGCAGCUGCACCGGGUUGGGGAGCAGCUGGAGAAGAUGAAUGGGCAGCGCAUGGAUGAGCUCUUUAUCCUAAUCCGGGAUGGCUUCCUGCUCCCGACUGACCUCAGCUCCCUGGCCCGGCUCCUGCUGCUGGAGAUGAUUGAGUUCCGGGCAGCUGGCUGGAAGACCACUCCUGCUGCCCACAAGUAUUACUACAGUGAGGUUUCUGACUAAGCCUAGGUCUGCACAUGCCCUCCCGUGACCCUUUCAAGCUGGCACUGGAAUCCUUGCUUCUGCCCCUUCUAGACUUUUCUGACUGCUGUGGUUCUGCCCUCUUCCCUUCCCUCACUCUGGACUUGUGGAGAAACCAAACAGACUUGUCUCCUGGCUGAAGACUGUCUUCCUCCGCCUUCAGGUCCUGUUAGCUUUCCACCACCUUCCUCCUGGGCCUGGCAGUGAGAAAUCAACUAACAAGCACUGAACUGUGUAGCCACUGGUGCAACAUGACCUUGGUGCUUCUUCUAUAGUUUUCCCGUCUAUAAAAGGGGCAAUUUUAGCCAUUGCUGGAAUGCUUAGGGAUGUUAAGGGCAAGUUACAAGAAAUGGUGUUUUAUAUAUUUUAUAGACUUUUGUGGAGGUAAGCCUGUUUCCUCCAGUCAUGAGUGACUGUUUUCUAAUAAAUCUUUUAUGAAACCAAA